CCACAAUUUCAUGUAUUUUGCCUGUGCCUCUCAGCAGGUUUCUGCCAUGGGUGACAGGGGAACAAGCAAUCACUCAGAAGUGACUGACUUCAUUCUCAUAGGCUUCAAGGUCCGCCCAGAGCUGCACAUUCUCCUCUUCCUGCUAUUUCUGCUUGUCUAUGCCAUGACCCUUCUAGGGAAUGUUGGCAUGAUGGCCAUUAUUAUCACUGACCCCCGGCUGAACACACCAAUGUAUUUCUUCCUAGGCAACCUCUCUUUCAUUGAUCUCUUCUAUUCAUCUGUUAUUGCCCCCAAGGCUAUGAUCAACUUCUGGUCUGAGAGCAAGUCCAUCUCCUUUGCAGGCUGUGUGACCCAGCUCUUUCUCUUUGUCCUCUUCAUUGUGACUGAGGGAUUCCUCCUGGCAGUCAUGGCUUAUGACCGCUUCAUUGCCAUCUGCAGCCCACUCCUCUAUUCUGUCCAUAUGUCAGCACGUCUCUGUGCUCAGUUGGUGGCUGGUUCCUAUUUUUGUGGCUGCAUCAGUUCAGUUCUUCAGACCAGCAUGACAUUUACUUUGUCCUUUUGUGCUUCUCGGGCCAUUGACCACUUUUACUGUGAUUACCGUCCACUUCAGAGGAUUUCUUGUUCUGAUCUCUACCUUCAUAAAAUGGUUUAUUUCUUCUUAUGCAGCACUAUCAUUUUGCCAACAAUGAUUAUCAUUAUUGUGUCCUAUAUGUAUAUUGUGUCCACAGUUCUAAAGAUACGCUCCACUGAGGGGCGAAAGAAAGUCUUCUCCACUUGCAGCUCUCACCUGGGCGUGGUGAGUGUACUGUAUGGUGCCAUCAUUUUUAUGUAUUUCACCCCUGACAGAUUUCCUGAGCUGAGUAAAGUGGCCUCCUUGUGUUAUACCCUAGUCACUCCCAUGUUGAAUCCUUUGAUUUACACUCUGAGAAACAAAGAUGUCAACGAAGCUCUGAAGAAGAUCCUGGGGAAAAAAAAUAUUUUUAUUUCAUUCUAUUUGAACAGUAAUAUAACUGAAAGACCUAGACAUUACAACAACUUGGGGAAGUGCUGA